AGCAGUUUCAAAAUGGCUACCGCCUAACGCUGUCUCCCGAUUGAUUUUUUUAUUCCAUACGUUCUUACACCGGCUUCGAUAAAAACACCGAAACUACCGCGAUUUUUAUAAAUAAAACCUUCAUUCGACACGUUCAAAAAUAAAUAACCCAUUUAUAAUGUGCCAGUGAAGUUUGUGUUACCGUAAUUUCAAAAAUAGAUGGCAGGUAGAAGGCAUGAAGUGAAUUGAACGCACACAUAGCAUAACCGUUGUCAAGAUGGCUUGCCUUCCCUUCCCGAGCCAGGAGUAUGUGCCUGUCGCCGAGUUUUACGCCGAGAAGUCUAUAUUUGUCACGGGGGGAACGGGAUUUAUGGGAAAGGUGUUAGUCGAGAAAUUGUUGCGAAGCUGUCCUAAAAUAAAGAACAUAUAUUUGUUGAUGAGACCUAAACGGGGUCAGGAUGUGGCGUCACGGCUUAGCGAACUUACACAGUCACCGUUAUUCGAGACAUUAAGAAGAGAGAGACCGCAGGAGUUGACCAAAAUAGUUCCGAUAGUGGGAGACAUUACGGAGCCGGAAUUGGGCAUCAGCGCUGCCGAUCAAACCAUGCUGUGUCAAAAGGUGUCAAUAGUGUUCCAUUCAGCUGCAACUGUCAAGUUUGAUGAGAAACUGAAACUGUCGGUAACCAUCAAUAUGCUGGGAACUCAACAGUUGGUUCAAUUGUGUCAUCGUAUGCUAGCUUUGGAAGCCCUAGUACACGUUUCCACAGCGUACUGCAACUGCGAGCGCGAAGCAGUCGAGGAGAGAGUGUACGCGCCUCCAGCGCACCCGGAACACGUUGUCACACUGGUGCAGACGCUGCCAGAUGACCUGGUCGAUAGGAUCACGCCGGAUCUAGUCGGUGACAGACCAAAUACAUAUACAUUUACCAAAGCUUUGGCGGAAGACAUGCUUAUCAAGGAAUGCGGAAAUCUGCCGGUAGCCAUCGUCAGACCUUCGAUUGUGCUGUCGUCUGUCAAAGAGCCAGUAAAAGGAUGGGUAGACAACUGGAACGGUCCCAACGGGAUAAUUGCGGCGGUUGGAAAGGGUGUCUUCAGGUCCAUGUUGGGCACUGGGAACAAGGUGGCAGACCUGGUUCCUGUGGAUACUGUAAUUAAUCUGAUGAUAGUCUGUGCUUGGAGGACGCAUUUGAGACGUGGCGAAGGGGUAGUCGUAUAUAACUGUUGUACCGGACAACAGAACCCCAUCACGUGGCGUCGCUUUGUCAAGACCAGCUUUAAAUACAUGAGAAAACAUCCCUUUAGUGGCCUAGUGUGGUACCCUGGAGGAGACAUCACGAACAAUCGUCUUAAACAUCGGAUUCUGAUGUUACUUCAGCAUCGGGCACCGGCAGCUCUCUUUGAUAUCCUCACUGCUGUUACGGGAAAUAAACCUUCAAUGAUGCGCGUUCAAAGCAAAUUAGAAAAGGCCUCGUCCUGCUUAGAGUACUUCACGACGCGGCAAUGGGCGUUCAGCGACGACAACGUGAAAGCCCUCUGCACCUAUCUCUCGCCACAGGAUCGGACCACUUUCGACUUCGACGUCAGCAAGAUCGACUGGGACGCGUACAUCGAGUCGUACGUUUUGGGCAUCAGGAGGUUUCUCUUCAAGGAGAGCCCCGAAACGUUGCCAAAGUCGCGAGCUAUUUUAUGGCGGUUACACAUAGUUCAUACUUUAACCAAAGUGGCGACAGUUUUCAUCCUUUGGCGAUUUUUGUUCAGUCGCUCGAAAGCUCUUCGGACGCUUUGGCAUCGAAUCUGGGACUUAUUAUCUAGAAUUGCCCGCCUCCUACCGAUCGCCUGAUGCUUAAUAUAAUAUUAUUAGGGGCUUCUGCAUUCUAAUCGAUUUUGUUUCACGCUGUUUCCACGGUUAGCUCAGGAGAUGGCGCUGCUUAGUCUGUGCGACUUUUGACAUUGACGGCUUGACAUGUUAUAAAAUUUAUACGUCGGAAUUUAUGUUUGUGAAUGACCCGUCAUUGUAUAAUUUGUUAUUAGUUGAUUUAACUGCCGACUUGAUUUCUUGAAAUCUAAGUAGAAUUAUUUACUAAUUUUCUAACUUCAUUGACAACAAAUAAAGUUGAAAGUCGCACGGUAUCUUUCUCUUCCCAGCUAAGCCUUUAAUUCGUUACCUUAUUGUUACAAUGUAACGUUAAUUAAUAUAUUUUGUAACAACACUCGCGUCCGCCUAAUUUGGGAUGGUCAUAAAAAGUAAUUUCUAAAUAAAAAGUAAUCACUAGACGAAAUUUAGAAUACCUGUUCACGGUAAACAUGUUUUAUGUUAUAUUAUCUGAAUUUAAGUCAAGUUAAUAAAAUAAUUGUGAUCUUCCCAAGUUUUUCGCGCGCGAGUAUAUAUCAGCUCAAUACGUAAUCAAUUAAUGGUGACUUAGUUCAAAACUGUUAUUAAUAUAAUGUACAAUAGUAAAAAUUAACAAUCAAAUACACCAGUAAGUUCCCGAAACGUUCUUAAGCUCUGUUAAAAUCUGUGCGUAUUUUUCAUAAGAUGUCAGUUUUUAGGUAAAGGAACGUAAAAUGUAAUGUCAAAUGUCCUGCGGGGUUAUUCUCGGCAAAUGAAAGCUUUUCACACGGAAAGUGUCAGCUGUCAUAUUCCAUACCGUCUGUCUGUCUUUUGUCCUUUCCGUUCGGAAUUCGUUUCAUUGUGUUGAAUAAUUCUGCGUAUCGUAUGGGCACCAUUUUGACUUGGCGGCGCAGAAUCUUAACUAUUGAAAAUGCUCUUUGCCUAACUGCUAACUGAGAUCUUUCCAAGCUGUCAUGUGAAACUAUCUUGAUAUUUCAUUUGUCCAGUUUCAUAUGUUGCUGACAGUGUGUUCGAUACUUACCUAAAUGAAUAAAGUCAAUAAUUGGUACCAUUUAAAUAACUUGAAAUAAACUGUUUACUUUUACUAAUAAUACAUUAAGUUUAAACCUAGACCUUUCAAUUUGUGUUUAUGCGGAGAUAAAAAGAGAUAGAUACCUUUCUGUUAUGAGACUGAUUUAGAUUUUAUGGCCGAGAUUGAAGGCUUAAACGCGAAUUAAUUUUAAUUGGAUACAGGCUACAGAGAGUAAUUAUACGUGCUACCUACCGAUACGAACACACUGUCAGAAAAAUAUUAGGAAUAGCAAUUGUUUUGACUUUGAAAUAGCUUGAUAGGUUUAAAUUUAAAAUUGUUAGUGAUUUUUUUAUGUGCUAGACUCGUAGGGAAAUUAGGAAAUUUUUUGAUAUUGAUCUAGAAACUACUGAAUGCUUGUCUUACCUUGUGGAAUGAAAUCAAUAAGUGAUUGGCUUACAAAUUGGCCAUCGAUAACCAUAAGCUCAAAGUUAGUGACACAAAAUUGAAAUUGUAUUUAAAAUUAAGAAAUUUUCGAAUGUGAGGUUGCAAUGAAAUAAUUAAAAUUCAAUUUUUCCAAAUGGAAAUUGGCGUGGGGCCAUAGACAAAUAUAAAGUGGUUAAUCCUUGGUCGUGAUGUCGCUGCGUGUAGCGAGGCGUUACCCGGUGCAAAGUAUCUUUGUCUACGGCCACCAAGGCGUGUGUGCGAUGUUAUUGAAAAAUAUUUAGUAUAAAAAUCUUCCCUUUUUCUAUAUGGUGCCCAAUUUUUUGCUUCCAAAGAUUUAUGUUAAUGACGAAUUUUUAGAUUAGAACGUGACGCUUUAUAAUAUUAUGUUAUUUUAAAACUUGGGAUAAUGAAUGAUGUUUAGAAAUGUCCUAUUUUGUCCCGUCCAUCACACUCUUCUUUCCCUAUCAUCGGGGUUAAAUAUUUUGUGUUGUUUUUAAAUUAAUAAAACUUUCAAAACUUAAAAUUUGAACGAAGGACAAAGUAAGGCUGGAUUAAAAAUUAUUUUAUUGUGAUAACGCUCGUCCAACUGUCUCGUUCUACGGACAUGUAAUAGAUAAAGACAGGACACAAUAAUCCGAACUCUUCGCUUUGCAAGCGUAAUUGUCAAGUACGUUAGUGUGAGAAAUAAUUUUGUGUCUUUCUAAUUGUGCAAGUACGUAAGAGAUGGAAAUGAUGCUAGUUUUCCUAUUAUAUGAAAUCAUGGUUUUAGACAAUUGUGCCACAUUACGGGCUCAUUCGGCUGAACCACCGGGUCAGUUUACAGCACUACAUGUAUCUAGUCUUUAUUCAAAUCUUUCUUGUGAUUUUCCAAAGAGUUUUGAUAUUUCUUUUAGAUCGGACAUUACUUAAGAACUCAAUCUGUAAUGUGAAUCGGAUUCAAUUGACUCAAUCGUUCGGCGUGAGGCAGAAAAGGACAGCAAAAUUUUAUCGAUAUAAACCUCGUUUUAUUAGUAAAAACUCAUUAACACAAAGACUGAAGAACUCUGAAUGUUAUGAUUAACAAAAUUAAUUUUAUCACCCAUUCAAAUUAGUUGUCGGGACUUGGUCCUUACUUUUUGUAAUGUCCCGAAUAACAACCAAAAAAAAAUUAUUUUCGCAUUGACAGUGUAUAAAAUACCCACGCAAUAUGAAGUAAGUUGUACUGUUAAGUAAUGCCUAAGUUUAUACAAAAUGUUGAUUAGCAUUUUUUCUUAAUGAUAAGUCUAUCGCGAUAGCUUUCGAUUCGUCACAGUUCGAUUAGAAUCGGUUUUUAGUAUCGAUUGUUCCGUUUGCACUCAAAUUUGAUGCUGCCAGUAGUAUCGGUUAAAGAUCGACAUUAGGAAGAUGAUUCCUUAACCAGUGUUAAAUAAUUUUAAGUUCACUUUGCGAGUAUAGAAUCGAUUCGAUUUCGAGUCUCAAUGAUCUUUCGCUGACUUAUUUAUUGUAGAUAGUAAUAAAGCUUCGUAUUCAUUAGGUGACAUUUUGAUGGUGCGACAUGGCAGCCAUUUUGUCAUCAAAAUAAUCGCUUGUUAAAUAACGUGAGGUGAAAUGUUUUGUCAAAGUGUAACGUAAACCCACAGUUUUGUAAAGCGGUAUUGUUAUAUUACAAUCAACACCUGUAAGCUUACAGUGCAAGUUUAAUAGCGAUUUCGAUUGAGUUCUCGUACAACGUACUUCCAAGUAUGUGAAAUCAGCGCUACGGAUAUUGAAAGCCUUCUUGUUGAAGUUACAUAGUAAUAAUACUUGCAAUCGUGAUAUUUCUGAUGCAGCACGAUUAAACAUGAUCACUGUGUCACAUCAGCUAUGUAGCGCCAACUAAGCAUUUUAAUAAGAGACACCUUUUAAAUUUGAAUUCUUUAUUCUAGAUGUUCAAAGUCCACAGAAUAUAUAAAUAAAUGCUUACGUCGAAUGUCAAUAAAAAAUGAAUUUUAUUUGUCUGCCGUCUGUGGUCUGGAACUCAUUUAAGAUGCUUUUUUCGCGAGACAGGCUGUCGCUACACGAGUAAAAUGUACAAUAAUGAAUACAUUGCUUAGAAUAAAUCAUUUUUGCGUAGGGCAAUGAGCUAGAGUGAUAUUUGAUUCCUAAACGGAAGUUAUAACGAUGAUUUGUUUUCUUACUGUAAGUAUAUAUAUGUACAUUUUGAACUUCCCUUACUUUAUUGUAAUAUUUUGCGUUGAAUUGUAUUUAUUUGAACAUUUUAAUUCGGCGGUAUAUAAUUGUAUAUAUAGAAUUUAGUUAUAGUUAAAUCCAAAUAUAUAAAUAUGCAAAAAUUACAUUUAUUUUUUGGCUGUAGAGUGUGUAUCGAGAUAGUGAUUAAUGAAGGCCACUUAAACGAACGUUCUAUAUAAAAACUCUUAUUUAUAUAUAUUUUUUGAAUACGGCUUAUAUUCAAAAACCUAACUAGUAAUUGUCUUAAGCAGUGUGUUUUAAAUUAAAAAUCAAUGUGAAUAAAAAAAUGCGUUGUCAAUAGACAACAUUUCUUCUAAGCAUUCAGAAUUCAUUAUGGUCCUUCAUUAAAAAAGUAAUAGACAAUUAGGUAAGGAGAUAAUUAUCUAUAUGAAAAUGUUGUGUAUCGAAAUCCAGGUAUGAUUUAUCUCAUAAAAGACUUCUGGUAAGUGGCAUUCAUUAAAUCGUAUGAGUGCUUUAAAAUAAUUUCGCUUAGCAAUGGUUAUUGUAAAUCCGUAUCUUCGUGGAAAGUUAGUGCUGGUCUAUAAAUCGCUCAAUGUUGGAUUGUCUCUUGUCUCGCAGAAGUACGUUAUUAUACAUAAAUAAAUUAAACAUGCGAGGAAAUCAUGUAAAUUAAACAUAUAAAAAUAGUUACAUCAUGUAUCUAUAUACAUUCAUACUUGAAAUUAUCAGGGCGGUGUGCAAAAAUCCUAAAUUAAAACUUUAAAUAUAUAAAAAAUCUUUAUUGAAAGAUAGUUCUUUUCUCUCUUUUUUAAAUCUGACACGUUGUUUUUUCUAUCUCUAACCGGCCAGUUCUCCAGAUGAUAGAGACCAAGCAAUAUGACAUAUACAAGUCUAAUAAAAUCUUCAAUUUAAUUAAUUAUUGCGAGACAGAGAUAGAAUGUUAGGAAAUCGGUGUGUGGUGAUAGGACGGCAUAUAGGGAGGUUACGAUUAUUCCAAUUAAAUUAAAAACAAUGUAAAGUU